AUGAAGAAAUUUAUGGCCUGCACAGUGGCGCUCGGCGCGUUUGCCUUCUCCGGUUGCGGAGAGAAAGAAGAGGGAAAGCCAAGCUAUGCCCUUGUCACCACGGGAGUGGCUUCGUUCUGGGAUAUUUGCAAAAAAGGAGGCGAGGAUGCCGGCAAGGAAUUGGGAGUGGAGGUUGAAGUUCUCAUGCCAUCAUCGGGCGAUGAUCAGAAGUCGAAGCUCGAGGAUUUGCUGGCCAAGGGUGUUGAUGGAAUUUCCGUUGCGGCCAUCGACCCAAUCAAUCAGGCCGGCUUGUAUGACGAGGUGGCCGAGAAUUCCAUUUUGAUCACGAUGGACACCGACGCUCCGACCAGCAAACGCGAGGUUUAUGUCGGCAUGGACAAUUACGAUGCCGGAUGGAUGUGCGGUGAGCUGGUGAAAGAGGCGAUUCCCAAGGGUGGAGAAGUUGUUCUCUUCAUUGGUCGGCUCGAGCAAGACAAUGCGAAGCGCCGUCGACAGGGAGUGAUUGACUGCUUGCUUGGACGUGAGAAGGAUUCCAGUCGUUACGAUGCACCGGGUCAGUCACAGAUCGGUGAAAAAUAUACGGUGCUGGCGACUCUGACCGACCAAUUUGAUCGCGCGAAGGGGAAGGCCAACGUGGAAGACAUGCUGACGAAGCACGAGGGGGUUGCGGCAUUGGUGGGGCUUUUCGCCUAUAACCCACCGCUGAUUCUUGAGGCCUUGAAGCAGGCCGGAAGGGUCGGGGAGGUGAAGGUGAUCGGCUUUGAUGAGGACGAGGUCACUCUGCAAGCGAUCAAGGAUGGCGCGGUUUACGGGACGGUGGUGCAGGAUCCUUAUGAGUAUGGAAAGCGCUCCAUCGAGGUUCUCCACGCACUUUCCAAGGGAGAUAAAUCUGUCAUCCCUGAGAGCAGGUUUAUCGAUAUUCCCGCCCGCCAGAUCCGCAAAGCGAAUGUCGAGGCAUUCUGGGAGGAUCUGAAUUCCAAGCUUGGAAAGUAA